GUUAUCAAGUUUUCCGUCGGAGCAGCUCAUGACGGACCGAGUGACUGUCGUCAAAAACAAACUCGUGAAGCGUUGUUGAAAUAUUUGGAUCAAUUUUUUUUCCCCGUUGGAAUAGCAUAUUUGAUGAGGCUUUUUGCUUCUGGAUGGAGAUAUUCGGCAGCACCUUUGAUGACUCCGUGUUUUCAGAGGCCAGGGAGCGGGUGUGCGAGUCUCUGUCGUCUUACAACGCCAAACUGUGCGAACCACAGUGGUUUUGUGAGAGCGCCGCUCUGGAUACGGACGAUUCCUUGGAGAAGCAGAAAGUGUUCAAGUUCAGAGGUGACCUGGCUUUGAGACAAGGGAACUAUCAGAGAGCCCUGGAUGCGUACAGCAGCUGCCUGCAGUGGAUCGCGGACAACAACUUGACCAUCAGGCGCGACGUCCUGGAGGGAAUGGCUCGAUGCCGCACCAAGCUGGGACAAAGGGAGCAGGCGCUGGAGUUAGCUGAAUUGCUGAACAAAGAAGCCUCCAACACCUGCCACCUGACCAGCCUCCUGCUGCUCAAAGUCAGCAUCUACCAGCACUUUGGCUGUGUGGGGCCUCAGAGGUCCUGUCUGCAGCAGCUGUGCAGCCUGCUGCCCUUUAACCCCUGGCACUGGUUCAACCUGGGUCAGACGUGUUUACAGCUGCUGGACUGCGACUCAGACAUGGAACGUUCAUCAGAGGCUGUGAAUGGGGAGUCUGAGGAGGACCUGGAGGGGGCAGCAGAGCUCACUGAGGACCGGGUCUGGCUGAGAGCUUGCAUGUGUUUCAUCCGAACACGGCUCUUGUUGAGAAUCCUGCGCCAGCAGCAGUCCUCCUUUGUGUUGCAGCGCAGUUUAAAGACUCUCCAGAUCACAGAAGAGGCUCUGCAGCGACUAAAUCCUAAAGAAGCAACGCUGCAGGCUCUCACCGAGGUGAUGUCAGAGGACUUGAUCCCAGAGAAGAUGAGGGAGGACUACCAGGACGGGGAGAGCCUGACCUCGGUGAGCUUGCAGAGCUUCAGAGAGCGCUGGUGGAGCAACGUUUUACUGGCCGGAGCGUCACAGAUUAAUGGACCACAGGCUAAACCUUAAUGCUGCUGGAAUCGAUGUUUGCAGCCAAACUGGCAGAGGAUUUCAGAUCAUGCUGAAGAUGCUUCAAACGAAUAUUUGUUGCAAAUAUAGCAUUGUUGCAGUAUAUUUAGGUUUUUGUUUUUUUUUGGAUGACCAAGUAUUGUGUUGCCAGUAAGAGUACCUAUAAGUAUUACAUGUACAACAUAUUGUGCUCUGUGUAAACAGUUUUGUUUAUAUUUUAUUAUCCGUGUAUUUUUAUUUCUUCUUUUCUUCAAAAUUGUUAUAUGUUCUAUAAAUUAAUAAAUGUUUUUUUUUUUUUUUGCAACAUAUUUUGUCUUAAAUACUACAUUCAAGUUCUGUAUGCUUAUAGAAAAUGUCAUCAAAAAUGGUCCAAAAAAACCAGGAUUCAGAUGUUUUUGACAAACUUUGACAUUUCUCUGUGAGAGGUGCCUACAGAUGACCUUUGUAAAUAAACUGAACUGGAUUG